AGGCCCCUGUAUUCUGAUCAGACGACCUACUUGAUGCUUUAUAGGGACAGAGAGAGGGAGAGAGAGAGAGGGGGAUUUGACAAGAGUGCCUUCGGAGGAGUGUGGGAUGAAAGAUGCAGCCAGGGCCUAUAGGCAGAAGCCCUCAUGAGCUGUACUACCUGAGGAUGCAGAGGAGAAGAGAGAGGAGCGAGCGGGGGUCGGAGGAGGGGUGUCAGGCCCGCGAGGGGAAGCGUCGCCUGCGUGUGUGCGUGGCCACCUGCAACCGGGCCGACUACUCUAAGCUGGCGCCCAUCAUGUUCGGGAUCAAGGCCCAGCCCGACGAGUUCGACCUGGAGGUGGUGGUCCUGGGCUCACACCUCAUCGACGACUACGGCAACACGUUCCGCAUGAUCGAGCAGGACGACUUCGACAUCGGCUCCAAGCUGCACACUAUCGUGCGCGGCGAGGACGAGGCGGCCAUGGUGGAGUCGGUGGGGCUGGCGCUGGUCAAGCUGCCCGACGUGCUGCACAGGCUCCGUCCGGACGUGCUGGUCGUCCACGGCGACCGCUUCGACGCCCUGGCGCUGGCGACGGCCGCCGCGCUGAUGAACAUACGCAUCCUGCACCUGGAGGGAGGAGAGGUGAGCGGGACCAUCGACGACUCGAUCCGACACGCCAUCUCCAAGCUGGCCCACUACCACGCCUGCUGCACGCGCAGCGCAGAGCAGCACCUCAUCGCCAUGUGCGAGGACCACGCUCGCAUCCUUGCCGGCUGCCCGUCCUAUGACAAGCUACUGGCCGCCCACCAGCGGGACGACUACAUGGACAUCAUCAAGGCCUGGCUGGGGGACGGAGUGAAGGAUCAGGACUACAUAGUGGCUCUGCAGCACCCGGUCACCACUGACAUCAAGAACUCCAUCAAGAUCUACGAGCUCACGCUGGACGCUCUCAUCUCCUUCAACAAACGCACCCUGAUCCUGUUCCCCAACAUAGACGCUGGCAGUAAGGAGAUGGUCCGCGUGAUGAGGAAGAAAGGGAUCGAGCAGCACCCAAACUUCAGGGCGGUGAAACACGUGCCGUUCGAGCAGUUCAUCCAGCUGGUGUCUCACGCAGGCUGCAUGAUCGGGAACAGCAGCUGUGGGGUCAGAGAGGCUGGGGCCUUCGGGACGCCCGUCAUCAACCUGGGAACCAGACAGACCGGCAGGGAGACAGGUGAGAACGUUCUCCACGUGAGAGACGCAGACACGCAGAACAAGAUCUUCCACGCCCUGGAGCUGCAGUUUGGCAAGCGCUACCCCUGCUCUAAGAUCUAUGGCGAUGGGAACGCGGUGCCUCGAAUCCUGAAGUUCCUCCAGACCAUCGACCUGGACGAGCCCCUCCAGAAGACCUUCUGCUUCCCCCCGGUGAAGGAGUGCUUCUCCCAGGACAUAGACCACAUCCUGGAGACCCAGAGUGCCCUGGCUGUGGACCUGGGGGGCACCAACCUAAGGGUGGCCAUCAUCUGCAUGAGGGGUAAGGUGCUAAAGAAGUACACCCAGCCCAACCCAAAGACGUUUGAGACCAGGAUCGAGCUGAUCUUGAAGAUGUGUGCUGAUGCGCUGAGCGACGCUGUCAAACUCAACUGCAGGAUCCUGGGAGUGGGAGUGUCCACAGGGGGGCGUGUGAACCCCCAGGAGGGGGUGAUCCUCCACUCCACCAAGCUCAUCCAGCAGUGGUCGUCUGUGGACCUGCGCACGCCCCUCUCCGACGCCCUGCGCCUUCCUGUCUGGGUGGACAACGACGGCAACUGCGCCGCGCUCGCCGAGAGGAAGUUCGGCCACGGGAAGGGCGUGGAGAACUUUGUCACGGUCAUCACCGGCACCGGUAUAGGAGGAGGCAUCGUGCAGCAUAACGAGCUGGUGCACGGCAGCAGCUUCUGCGCGGCGGAGCUGGGCCACAUCAUGGUGUCUCUGGACGGGCCGGAGUGCAGCUGUGGCAGCCGGGGCUGCAUCGAGGCCUACGCCUCCGGCAUGGCUCUGCAGCGAGAGGCCAAGAGGCUGCACGACGAGGAUCUCCUGAAGGUGGAGGGGAUGGAUCUGAAGAUCGAGGAGCCCGUCACGGCCGUCCACCUCAUCAACGCUGCCAGGAUAGGGAACUCUAAAGCGGACCAGGUCCUCAGAACAGCCGGCCUGGCCCUGGGUGUGGGCAUUGUGAACAUCCUGCACAUGGUGAACCCAUCGCUGGUGAUCCUGUCUGGGGUGCUGGCCAGCCACUACCAGGCCCCGGUCCAGCAGAUCAUCUCCCAGAAGGCCCUCCCCUCCACACGCACCAUCCAGGUCCUGACCUCCGACCUGGCUGAGCCUGCUCUGCUGGGGGCUGCUAGCAUGGUGCUGGACUACACCACACGACGUACCUAUUAGGACUACAACUCCCUACACCACACGACGUACCUACUAGGACUACAACUCCCUACACCACACAACGUACCUACUAGGACUACAACUCCCUACACCACACGACGUACCUAUUAGGACUACAACUCCCUACACCACACGACGUACCUAUUAGGACUACAACUCCCUACACCACACGACGUACCUACUAGGACUACAACUCCCUACACCACACGACGUACCUACUAGGACUACAACUCCCUACACCACACGACGUACCUACUAGGACUACAACUCCCUACACCACACGACGUACCUACUAGGACUACAACUCCCUACACCACACGACGUACCUA